GUCUCGGCAACGGCAGCCGCGGAACGGGCCCGUUCUCAUUCGGCUCGGCACCACUCCUCCGUGGUCCGUGCCGCAAAGAGACUUGCUGCCGUGUCUCCCACAACUCAUCGAUGGCCAUCCGGUGUUACGCUGCUGCUACCGUGGUGAUUUGUUCGAGACCCGACCUGUCAUCCAACCUCCCGGCUCUUCCCUCCGCGCGUCCCCGCCGCAGCAGCUACCGGCGAGCCGCUGUUCGCGCCAUGGGAGCCACGCCGUCGUCGCCUUUGCCAUCGGGACAAGCACCAGCGAAAGCAGAUAAGGCAUCUAUGAGUGAUGAGGACUUGAAGGAGCGCCUGACGAAAGAACAGUAUUACGUCACUCGGCAGAAGGGAACUGAGAGGGCAUUCACUGGCGAAUACUGGAACACUAAAACCCCAGGCAUCUACCACUGUAUCUGCUGUGACACCCCUCUGUUUGAGUCAUCUACCAAGUUCGAUAGUGGCACUGGAUGGCCAUCCUAUUAUCGACCGGUUGGCGACAAUGUCAAGAACAAGCUUGAUAUGUCGAUCAUCUUCAUGCCUCGGACCGAGGCCCUCUGUGCUGUCUGUGAUGCUCAUCUGGGGCAUGUCUUUGAUGAUGGUCCACCACCAACAGGGAAGAGAUAUUGCAUUAACAGUGCAUCCCUGAAGCUGAAACCCCAGUAGUCGCGCGUUUCAUGUAAAUUUUUGUUUUGGUGUGAACUAGUACCAUUGUAGUUGCUUACUUCAGCUGCUCUGAAUCUGUAAAUUGAAAGUUUAAAGCUGUGUAAACCCAUGCAUCUAAAUAUACAAGUUGAUGGAACAUAUGGUUGGCACUUG